AAUUAGCUAUGAUAUAAAUAAUGGAAUUUUGUUGGACAUCACAUACGCUGUGCUCUACGUUAUUGAAUUAAUAGUCCUUCAAUGGUUGAGGCUACAUUUCACGUCUUCUGACAAAUCGACCGUCAUCUACCUUCAUUUGUCCCAAUUUGAAAAUGGAUCGGACCAAAACGGUUACUCAACCAGAGAGUUCCCAGGUCUCAAAAGGCGCGCAUCAUGCCCUUCAAGUUGCUCUUCAAACACUCAAGAAAAGAUGCGAACAACUGCAGCGAGCGCAAGUUUUGCUUGAAGAUGAGAACAUUUCCCUCAGAAAACAGCUAUCAAGAUUAGGUGGCGACAAAUCAAUGGUUACUGGCGAUGGCUCAAACUCACAAGAGCAGAUUGCCGUUCUGACUCACCAGAGGAAUCAGAUGUCACAGAGACUUCAAUUAGUCGUAUCAGAAAACAAGCAGUUGUGGAGGAGGCUGGCGAAGCUGAAUCAAGCCAGACAGACUUUGGAGGUUUCCUUAUCCCAAGUGUCUGACACGCUCAAACAGCAUUCCGAAUUGCCCUCCCUGAUUGGAAAUGAUGAAAGUAAUUGUCUCGAGGAGAUCUCACUCAAACUGUCGCAAACAAUUGCGCUGGAAAAGCUUGCUUUGGAACAGCAGCAGUCACAGAUGUCUGAGUUGAAAGACAGCUUGUCACCUGAUCCGCAGCCUCCACUGGAUUUUGCUGAUGAACCUGAGACUCUUGCUGUCCACUACGAUCAGCUUGUCAAAAUCCGCGACGCCCUGAGGCAGCAGCAGCAGGCAUUGAAGAGUGGAUUGGAGGUAGUGUCUGCAUACAUGAAUGGCAAUGGUUCAACACUUCUUGACGAAUCUAUCCACACAUGUCCAAUGUGUUUCAUGACUUUUUCCAAAAAUGUGAUGACAAGUGAUGACUUUAUUAUGCAUGUUAGUAGCCACUUUAAGAAUGAGAACUGAUUAGUAAAUAAUCACAUGAUUUUAUAGUAAGAAUAAGAACGUAAAAAUGUCACAAAUUUUAAAAUGAGUGGCUAGAUCAAAACCCUAGCAAUCAGGUAUCUGGAAUUGAUGUGAUUUUUAAUUUUCUGUUGGAUUAUCUAAAAUUGGUUAUCGCUGCAGGAUCAAGCCAAAUUUAAGAUUGGCCUUUGAACUGAAAAACAUAAAAAUAAGAAAAUAUGUAUUAUCAAUGUUUUUAGACGUUUAACAUACAUUAUUCAUACAUUUUGCAAAUAAAGCUCCAAUGUGCAGCUUA